AUGGCUAGUUUGCCAACAGUAUACGGUGCUGUUCUUCUAGGUGGAUUUAUUGCUUCUGUAUUAUCUGGGGUCAUAACGGCACAGACAGUUACUUACAUCAAGCAAUACCCCAAUGACACAAGCAUUACAAAAUCGAUUGUUGCUGUAAUUUGGAUAUUAGACUCCAUUCACACCGGUCUCGUGUGUACAACAUCAUGGAUUUUCAUGGUACAGUGGUUCGGUGAUGACAGCAAAAUAGACUACAUACCUGUUCCAUUAGCAAUAUCCGUUGCGCUGACAGCUUUUCUUACUUUGAUUGUGCACUGGUUCUUUGCGCAUCGAAUUCACAAGCUGACCCAUAACGAUUGGCGGAUCAGUGGUCCUAUUAUUGUAUUCGCUUUCUUGCGAUUGGUUGCUGCACUUGUCAGCACCGUUGAGAUGAUCGAACUGAAGACGAUGACUGCAUUCAGACACAAGGUUGAAUGGGUGUUUACCAUGGGUCUCAUAUUAUCAUGUGUGGUGGACGUCCUCGUCACUGCAGGUCUGUGCUUCACGCUGCGCAGAAAUCGUUCGUAUUCCAACAUGAACCGUGUAAUCAACACCAUUGUCUUGUAUACAUUGGAGAACAAUGCGCUCACGAGUGUCGCCAUCAUUAUCUCGAUGAUAUGCUGGGUGACCAUGGACAACCUCAUCUUCCUUGGGGUUCAUUUUGUGCUCAGCAAACUUUACGCUAACUCUUUGCUAGCAACCUUAAAUUCUCGCAAACAACUUCAGGAAGAACGCUCGCGUGGACUGGGAGUCCUUUCGAACGAGCUUCCGGUUGCUUUUCCCAACAGGUACCAAUCCAAGUAUUCGAAACGUUUAGAUCCUGGAAACAAGAAGCGGACUAUCGAGUAUGAAGGAGCCGAUGACUUUGCGAAAGGAAGUCCGCACAUCCCUUCGGAAACUCCACCCUCAACAGCUGAACCGAAUCACGUCCCGUCCGAAAUAAUUUAG